AGCAUGAUGCAAUUUUGCUACCAAGAAAUCAAGAUCUGGCCUAUAAAUAGCAGCUCAAACUUCUCUCAUUUUUCAUCAUCCACACUCAAUCUUUCUUUUCUACAUCUCUUCUUUAGCUCCUUCAUUUCAACUGUAUAAUGGGUGUCCAAAAGAGCGAAGUAGUUAUCGCUUCUCCUGUCCCAGCAGCUAAGCUGUUCAAGGGCAUAUGCCUCGACAUCGAUACCCUCCUUCCCCAGGUUCUCCCCGGGGCCAUCAAGGGUGCUGAAAUCCUUGAAGGCGACGGUGGAGCUGGAACCGUCAAGCUCGUCACUCUCGGAGAUGCGAGCCCCUACAAGACCAUGAAGCAAAAGACUGAGGCCAUCGACAAGGAAGCGUUCACAUUCUCAUACAGCAUCAUCGACGGAGACAUUCUUCUGGGAUACAUCGACUCCAUUACCACCGAGUUCACAUUUACACCCACCGCUGACGGAGGCUGCACCGCCAAAAGCGUAUCGACCUUUAACACCAAAGGCGAUGCUGUGGUUCCGGAAGAGAAUAUUAACUUCGCCAAUGAGCAAAACGGCAUCAUUUUCAAGGCCAUUGAGGCUUACCUCAUUGCAAACUAAGGGAUCGGUUUCGCCAGAGCUUGAAGAAACCUUUUGUACAAGUUGCGAGUUCAUAAUUUUGUUUGCGUGUUUUGGUUUGUGUAUUUCAUGUUCUUGAAACAAAUAAAUUGUCUCAGCUUUUGUACUCUCUGUGUGUUAAGAAAUCCUAUAGUUGGAAACGAUUUUCCCUGUAAACAUAUAUAUACAAUAUUUGGUUGUUUUCCCCA